UCCGGCCGGACGUGUUUUGGUGAAACACCAGCAUCAUGGAGCCAGCCGCCUCUCAGCGUGUUUUGCAGUAUUUAACAGAAGUGGAAGAAGCUGCAGAGGAUGUUCUCACCACUAAACAACAGAUCAUAGACCUGGAUCUGAAGAGGAACCAGAACCGGGAGGCGCUGAGCGCUCUGAAACACGAGGUGUCCGAUUCAGAAAAGGUCAAGGUCUGCUUCGGAAAUAUGUUCAUCAAAUUCCCCAAAUCCAAAACCAGAGAGAUGAUCCAGAGAGAUCAGGAGCAGCUGGACAAGGAGAUCAGUGACCUACGCAAAGCGCUGAAAGCAAAGGUCAACAGCCUCAACGAGAUGCAAGGAAACCCUGAGCUGCGAGGCUACAGCCUGUCCCCACUGUCUGCCCAAGAGCUUAAAGCCAUCAACAGCCUCCUGAAGAGAUGACCUGCAGACUCCAGUCCGCCACGUUAUUGGGAAAUAUCCAACCUCUCAGAUGAGGAUGAGGGGAAAAGAUAAACUUUGUCCAGAAGGUGGCAGUACAGAGCAAGUGGAGGUGUCCUCCACUCAGUCAUGCAUGUACAACCAGAGCUCCUGAUGUCCUAGAGGGAGAGGCUGACUCCUCACGCCUCCUCAGCCCAGCUGGGGUCCCAUCCUCCACCCGGUCUGGACAGCAGCACCCAACAGACCCUCAAUUGGGAUUCAAUGGAAGCCAGCGAAUGUCUCCAUGAUUGAAUAAAAACCUGGAUCUGGUGAUGGAGUCGAUUCAUCUGUCAGAUCUUCUGGAUUAUUUUCACUGUUUGCUGAUCUGAACCUGGAAUAAGAU